AUGAAAUUAGAAAAUAUUGAAAGAGCAGUGUUAGCUUGUUGCACACUUCAUAAUUUAUUACGAAGAAAUGGUAAAGAUUCGUUUAUGUUGUCUAAUGAAUAUAAUGACAAUUCUGGAAAUAUAAAUAAAGAUAAAGAGGGACUUAUUUUAACGAAUUUACAACGUGGACAUAACCGUCAUGCUGGAAAAGAAGCCGAGGAAGUACGUGAAAUAUUUUUGAAGUAUUUCAAUGAAGAAGGGUGUGUUGCAUGGCAACAUAAUCGCGUAACAGCAGGCAAGGAUUAA